AUGAUUGUUCACUGAAGAGGUGGGCUGGACAAACACUCUCUGUGUCUUGUAUAGGGCCAUCACCAUAGAGACUUGCUAGAGCUUUACUUUGAACAGCCCUGCCUGCUUAAUAAGGAAGCCAAUUGCAAAGUAUUGAGUGUGUAAAGCACUGAAGCAGAGAAAAGGAUAAUAAACAACCAAAACCAAGGAUACAAAAGGUAUGAGUAGUCUACCCUUAUUCCCUUAAUUUUAAUGCUACCUGAUUUCUAAAAACCAUGCAUGCAUGCAUGUAACAACAACAAAAACACAAGGGAUUGUUUUGGUGUUAUGUUACCCUGGCAUGUUGGGUUAGAACUCUCUGGUUAGUGUGAAAUUGUGUUGUAUAAGGGCAAGACAGGGGAGGGUGACUGAGUGGCUUACAUCUGCAUUUGUUAAGGAAAACUCAUUUUAGAGCUCUUGUGAAUACGGCCAUGUGGAGAGACGAGAGACGUAGGCUCUCACCUUUGGGACACAGGAGUGACCCGGGAUGGGUCGCUGACUUGAGUCGUGAAUCUUCACAGAAUGCUCUUAGAUCUUCAAGUCCCAUUGCUUUCUCAGAUCUUGACUUUUGGGACAACAAGAAGUCUUCAGCAUGGAGUUGCAUAGGAUUAUCUGGAUCAAAUCACCGCUCGGAAAUCAGCAGCAACCAGUAUGGACAGGAAAGUACGGGAUCCCUGGGCAUGCAGAGAUGGCCAUCUGGAUCUCGUCUGGCUCCAGAAGGUGCUCCACGAUCACACUCUACUACUACAGAAGAUUUUAAGCUCAAAGCUGAUCUUGAGAAAAGCAGUAUUAGACGAGUAGAGCUCAUCCAGAGACUGCGAGAGACCAAAAGUCACCUGGAAGCUCAGACAGACCUUCUAAAAACCAGAGAGAUGCAGCUUCAACAAAGCCACAACAUCUCACAUCUUCUGGAACUAAAGCAUAAGCAGCCGUCUGAAACAGUGAGUGUUCUUCAACAAGAUAGAAAAGCAACAGACGAGAGCCGCUUUGAAGAAAGCCGCAAACGAACAGAAUUACAUGACAAGGUCCUGCAGCUAGAGUUGGACAUUUUAAAGAUGAGAUCCAACCUGGAGAGAAGGACUUUACCUACAUCACCAAAUCCAAAACCCCCACUCAGCAACACUUUGCCUAUUACAAAAGAUGAAAUCAUCAGAGAGGGACAAAAGCAGACUGAGAAAGAAAUAAAGAAGCUUAGAGAAGCUCUCAGAAGGACAGAAGAGAGAGCAGAAGAGCUUGAAUAUGAAAAAAAUAAUGCAUUAAGACAGCUUCAGUCUUUUCAGGAGGAAAAUCAAGAAGCCAUGAACCAAAAACAGGAGCAGAACCAAAGACUGAACCAGUCUGUCCAGGUCCAAGCAGAACUAGAAGACCAGUUGAAAGAGUCUUGCAUCCACCUGGAACAAAUAGAGCUGGAAAGAGACAUUUUGUCCUCUAAGACACGAAGGCUGGAGGAUAGUCAACAUGAUCUUAAGGCCAAACUAACUGGAGCUUUAAUGGACAAAGACCGCCUUGUACAGGAAAAGGCUGAGCUCCAUCAGAAGGUCCAGGCUUUGGAGCUGCAAUUGCAGAGGGAGCAGAGAGGGAAGCAGAGCUUCAAUGAGCAAGUCACACACUUGCUCCAUACUGAACUGUCUCAAGUAAAAAACCAAGCCAACAGAGAGAAGAAAGACAACAUAUUCAUGAAAGAGGAGAUGAUGUCCAUGAAAGAGCUGAAUGAAAAGCUUUCAUCUGAUCUGACCAAGGCUACAGAGAGGCUACAGGUAACCUUAAAACAACAACAUGAACUGGAAGCAGACAAACUCAUCCGGAUCAAUCAGAUCGCAGCGUUGGAGACUGAGCGCUUGAAGCUCCUCGGAGAAAAGGAGGAACUCAGGAAAAAUGUUAAUGAUGGAGUUCAGGAUGAGAUUAGAGAGCUGAAGGAGAGAUGCUGCCAACACAGGGAACUGCAGGACAAUCUAAAGCAGGAGAAUCAGAAUCUGCAGGUAAAAUGUCAAGACCUGGAGAAAAAAGUGCAAAUUAUGGAGGCGGAUUGUAAGAGUAAGAAGGAGGAGCUACAUCGUGCAAGGGUGGGGUUUGAACAGAAAAAGGAGGAGUUAAGAAAAAUGGCAGCUCACUGGAAUGAGAGGUGGCUGGAUGUGUCGUUGAUGUUAGCCUCCACACAGGAGGAACUUGAAGAGGUCAAGAAACAAAAGCAAGAAAAUAAUAAAGUUUCUUCUGAAGAGCUGGAUAGAGAGUUGAAGGAGAAGCCGAGGAAGGUGUGGGACACACUAAAAAAUAAAGACACCCAGCUGGUGGAGCACCAACUUAAGUUGCAGUCUGCUCACGGUCAGGUCUCACAGCAGAUUGGUGAGAUGCAGAGACUGGAGCAGCUACUGGAAGAGACAGAUCAUAAACUUAGACAAAAAGAGCAAGAUCUGAAGAACCUUGAGAUACUGAGAGAAACAGAAAAAGCAGAGGCUCAGAUCAAGAUAUUAAACCUCGAGCAGGAGCUUCUUAAAGAUAAAGAUCUGCACUCACAAGCAAAAGUGGUCAGCAAUGAACACAAUCCUGAAGACUUUAAAUCUCUGCAGGCUUUGUUAGAAGAAUACAGAAAGACCACAGAGAAGCUGACGGAGGAGAAAAAUCAUGCUUUACAACAACUGCACGAUCUUGAUCGUUUCCAACAGGUGAAUGCAGUAAAAGAAUCCCCACCAGAUACCAAAAACCAGAAAACUGCUGGUUUGGACCUUGUAGAUCCUAAUGAACAAAGGAGGCUGGUUACUGAGCAGCUCAAAAAUCUGUUCAAAGAGAGAGAGCAACGUGGAGAGAGGUCUCCAGUGUUGCCUAAAAGAUGUGGCUUGCUUGAAAAUGGAGUUCAAAAUCCUGAAAGCAUUAAGCACCCCCUUGUGGCCCCAGCAGGGUCCCUGGCCUCAGGUCUGAAAACCGACAAGGGGACGUCUUCUAAAACUUUUGCUGAUCAUGGGGCAUCAAAGAUGGCUGAUGGAGAAGAGUGCACAAAUGCACGGAUGUCAGCGGUGAGAGGGGAAAUGGAAAAUCUAAAAGAGAGAAAUGAAAAUGUCCUUGAAGCCACAGUAAUAUCUCCUCACCAGAUUGAGACGUUGAAAGCGAGAUCACAGCCGAGAGAUGAUACAACAUUGGUCACUGUACCCCACCUACAAAACUUGGUAAAAGGAAAGAUUCAACAAGAAAAAUCUCUCUUGGGCUGUAAGGAUGGAGCAUUUUUUGCACGACAGAUUGAGAUUUGGAACUCUGAUGUGGAGUAUACAGAAGAGUCCAAUUCAGGAGAGGAGACGGUAGACACACCACUGCUGGAAUCAUAAUAACACAUUGUGAAUGUUAAACGCACACAAGUUUGCUUUCAUUACAAUUGAUACAGUACAACGAACUUAAAUGGCGACAACUAACUUUUAUAAGUUGCCAGAUUUCCAGUUUGGCAAAGAAAUUGUCAAUACUCAAACCAACUUACUAUACAAUUAGACCUAGCAGUUUUUACAUUUUCAGCACUCUUCCCAUGUAGUCUGUUUUUAUUAACACUUUAAUAAAGAGAUAUUUUCAGAUAUUUUUAAUUAAAUGAUACAUAAAGUUGUAUUUAAUUGAUUCAUUACCAUAAUGAAAAUAAUAUUCUGAAAGAUUAGUUUGUAAAACAAUCAGUAUUUAUGUGCAUGUGCUUCAUCUGAGUGAAUGAUAUAAUAAAGCAAUAAGCCCCAAGACGCGAAGCGGAGUGCCUAAAACCCCCUUAGCUGUUAUAAAAUGCACUGUAACCCCACUGCUUCGCGGGGAUUAUUGCUUUUAUAAAACGGUUACUUCAUAUGCAUAACGUUAGCGGGAUUUUAUAAAAUAAAACACAAAUAAGCUGUCAUUAUAUUAGUACAAAUAUUUCUCUUCCGACAAACAAAGUAGUUCAUCACAAUCAAGUGUGACUGAAACAGAGCGUAGUUCCCAAGCAACACAGAUGCAGCAAAGACACAAUGAAAAUAUGAUUUAAGACUGUGGUUUUUAUUUUAUAAACCAACAUUCAUCUAAUUUAUACAUUAACAUUUAUAUCGUGCAACUGUUGAAGUGAUGAUCAAAUAUGCUUGGAAGCAUGCUUAACUCUUUCCCCGUCAGCGUUUUUUUUUUUUUAGUUGCCACCCAGUUUUAGUUUAAUACCUUGCAGA